UAAAUUUGGAACGAGAGAAGUGCGGCAAGAUAUCUUACCCUCGCUGUCCUAGCGUGAUGAACUCGAAACAAAGUCUUAAAAACAUCGUGCAAAGCGGGUAAAAGGCUCGUGAAUCGAGCUAACUCGAGGUCAAAAGUUAUCGAAGGAGAGACGUCACGCUAAAUGGCGAGGUUGCUCGAUCGUCGACAGAGAUCGUUGUUCGUGAAACUCGUUUUUACACAAUGAUCGAAUUUUUCUAUUAAAAAUUCAUCCGCUGAUAUUAAUCUCCAGUCUAUUCUUUAUGGCAAUUCAUGGCACAAAGAGAGGAGACACGACUGAAGAAAGGAAGAUAUGUUAAAAGGUUUCCACGCGUGCUGCGAGUGCAAGAAAACGUACAGAUCGAGAAUGGCCCUAAAUCGGCACGUGCGAGAGGAAUGCGGUAGAGUUUUGUACACGUGUCCCUUUUGCCACAGCAUCAUGCCCAUGAAGUUCAACCUGCUCAAUCAUCUGAAGAAGGAACACGGUUGCGUGGCCAAGAUUUGAAUGGUACCCCCGAAAUAAUAGCUUCUUCCAUCUUCCUGCGACUGUGUGUGAAAAUUCGUUCAACGAAUCGAUCACGACUAUGCUCGAUC